CAAUUCUUGAACUUGUAGUGUCAAAAUCAACGUUAUGAAGAACCCAACGUACACAAUUUUCGAAGCAUUUUAUGCUGUCGUUAAGCAUUAUCUUGGAGUACCACGAAAAAAAAAUUCGCUUUUUCUUCAACUCUUGUUAAUUCCUUUAACGUUUAUUACACUUCUAUUAUUUGGGAUAAUUUUUUUAUUAUCCAUAAUGUUUUAUUUUGGCAUAAAAGUUUGUGUGAUGUAUAAAGAGGGUGAUAAAUUCGCUGGAAUGAUGACUGGGCAAGAUCCUGUUAUGUCUCCAAUCGUAAUUAACGCUUUAUAUACAAUAAAAGUUUCUGACAAAUUUGAAUUACAUAAAAAUGUUCAAGAUCUUUUACUCAAACAUGUUUAUGGUAGUUGUAAUAAGAUGAAUUAUUUGAUUAGAUCUUAUUUGGGUUAUUAUUAUUUUAUAAAGAGUCAUUUAAAAUUAAGUGAUUAUGUGCAAGAAAUAGAGUCGCAAGAAUUAAUUUGGUCACAAUCAUCUUUGUUGGAUUAUAUAGCAACAAAUGUUAUAGAUAAUAAUAAAAUUGGAGAUAAAACUUGGAUGUUGACAACUUUUAAACAACCGGUAGAGUGGGGGGAUGGCUCAAAAAAGUACGUUUUUAUAUUAUCAGUUAACCAUAGUGUAAGCGACGGAUUUGGAUUAUUCUCAUUGUUUAAAAACAAAAUUUGUGAUAAAUUUGAAUUUUUGAAUUUAUCCACAAAAACCGAUUUAUCUUCGCAAUCAAUUCCCAAUCAAUCUUUGGACGAUGCUUAUAUGAUACCUCUCAUCCCACUAGAACGCAAUAAAGAAAAUCCUAAAGGUCUAUUAACAUUUUUCAUCGAAACCGAACCGAAAUAUUUAAAAUUCAUUAAGAACCAAAAAGAGAAAUUGAAAGUUGGAGUCACACAAAUUUUAGUUUCAGGAUUUUUGAUUGCACUCAUCGAGUAUAUGGAUAAAAAAGGUAUCGUCAAACCAAAAUUAAGCGUGAGCUUUACUUUCAAACCUUUUGAUACUGAAACUAUCGAGAUGAUCAAUGGGAAUUUUAACUUUGAUAACAUAAAAAAUAACGCUUACAUAGGCAUCUCGUCUGUUGAUACUUCAUCCAGCAAAAAUAUGAUAUCAGCAGCUCUAAAUUUGAAACAAUGUUUUCGUAAAUAUUUAAAAUCUGUUAAUUUAAUGUUCAGCAUAGCUUUAAUUAACUUCGCACAUUUAUUUCCACCGUGGUUCCAUGUAGGAUCAUUAAUUAUAAAUAAAGGGUUAGCAAACGUUUUCAUUUCGAACGUUACCGGCAUAAAAUGUGCUGGAUUUGACAACAUCGAUAUGGACAACAUCGUUUUCUUCCUAAGCCCGGGGAGUUUCAACUUUGGCAUCUGUGUUAUCACAUAUGGUAAUAAGUUUCAUAUAGCUGUACAAGCAAACACAGGAAUCGUGGAUUCUAGAGAUGAUUUGAAUCAAAUUGUUGAAAGCGCUUUCAAACAUAUUGAUUCACUUGGAAAUAUAUAAAAAUAAAGCUUUGCUUGUGAGGUGGUUAAUAUUGUAGUGGGUCUAAUAAAGCUUUUAUUUCUUUUUGUUUAA